UUCCCGCACGCUGCCCACAGGGCCGGUUUGCUGGGGCAGCCCGGACAGGGGCUCUUGGGCUGUCCGCCCUGCAGCUCCCUGCACACGGGCAGUGCUGGUGACAAAAUGUGGUGGAGAAUGAGCCCCUCCUGCCCUUGCCCAGGGAAGGGCUCCCCGUGUCCCCCUCUUCGUCCCUUGUCUCCAUCUCUCUGCUGGCUCUGCAUCUUACUGGGGCCCUGGACCUGCCAUGGUCCGGCCGAGAGGCCCUUGGCCUCAGGGCUGCGGAUGCUGGUGCCCCCACCCAGGCGGGUGAGCAACGACCCUGACGGCCACGUGGGCAGUGGGGGAGCGCCCGAGCGCAGCGUGCUCCUGCCUCCCUACAGACCUGUCUCGGGGCUCUCGGCGUCCCGUGCGGGCGGGCUGCUGCAACCCCCCCGUGGCAGGAGCCGCUCCGGGCCGUGGGGCUGCUGUCACGUGUGCGGGUCCCAGCCACGGGCCCUGCUCCAGGUGCUGCAGAGGCCCGGUGGGAGCAGGACGCUGGCUGCCUGGUUUCCUUCUGUCCCUGUGGCAGGUUCGGGUGCCAGGGUGAAGAUCUCCGUCUCUGGCCCCCGCCCUCGUGUGCGGCUUCCCUCCAGCGCCCCGGGUGCUCGGUGCUGUCGUCCAGGUCGGGCUCUGACUGGCUCGCGCUGCCAUGCGGGGCAUGCUGGCGCUACUCGCGGCCCUGCUCGGGAUCCUCGGCCUCGUGGAGGGGCAGACGUUUCACAUGGGGCAGUGCCCCAACCCGCCGGUCCAGGAGGACUUCGACCCGAGCAAGUAUCUCGGGAAGUGGUACGAGAUCGAGAAGCUGCCCUCCGGCUUCGAGCAGGAGCGGUGCGUCCAGGCGAAUUACUCCCUGAAGGCCAACGGGAAGAUCAAAGUGCUGACCAAAAUGGUGCAGUCCGACGGCACGAUCAAACACAUGGAGGCAGAGGCCGUCCCUGUCAACAAAGACGAGCCGGCCAAGCUGAGCGUCAGCUACAGUUGGUUCAUGCCAGCUAGCCCCUACUGGGUAGUUGCCACCGACUACGAGAACUACGCGCUGGUGUACUCCUGCACCUCGUUCUUCUGGCUCUUCCACGUCGAUUAUGCCUGGAUCAGGUCCAGAACUCCCCAGCUGCACCCGGAAACAGUGGAGCACCUGAAGAGUGUUCUCCGUUCCUACCGGAUCCAAACAGGGAUGAUGCUCCCCACGGAUCAGAUGAACUGCCCUUCUGACAUGUAGAGCAAGCCUGGGCCCACUCCCAGCUGCGUUGCUUGCCCUGGUGUCAGUGAAACCUUCCUUACCGUGAAUAACAAACCCUUUGCUCCUGGUCGCCUGCACAGCACGUGCGGCGGGAGCUGAGCAUUGCUGUUCUCCCACAGUCUCUCCAGCCCCCCCAUUUCCGCGCCCCUUCCCCCCCAGUUAAAUGCAUUCUGGCUCACAGCUAACAACUCGGUGACAAAGAGGAAUCUGGGAGCACAGAUCCUGACACCCUGCUGUUGCCGAGAGCUCUCCAGCACUGACGCAGGAGGGUGUGCGUCGGGGAGGUUCAAGGAUCUUGCUCCCUGGGGACAACUUUUCUCAUGGCACCCAGCAGGUUGGUUUCUCUGACUGUCCCCAUGUCUGCUCGGCCUGUUCUGAAUACACUGCUUGAUUAGCUCGUCUGCUGCAUCCUGUCUCACUGCGUCGUGCGGGCGUCCGCGGGAGGCUGGAGUGCGGACAGUGCUCUGGCAGGCGCGUUUGGGCAGGUGAUGCAGCGGCUUUGCCAGCGAAGGGGUGACCCUGGGAGAAACCAGCAGGUGUCUGCAGUGAUUCCCUGGGGUUCGAAGCAGGCUGUGUGUUCAGACCUCUGGCUGGUGUCUCCCCUCAGAAAGUCUGCAGCCAUGCCCCGCGUGCAAGAACGGGCCCACCCUGGGAGCCAGGUCCAGGGGCAGGGUGUAGGGCUUGCCCUGUGUCCUGGUAUGGUUAGUGCUCAGCUGUGAGACCUAUAGGAAGAGGCAGGGAGGGGAGAACCCAUUCCCUCGGCUGCAAGCAGCU